AUGGGUUUUAACCUUGUUAUGCUAGCCACUAUUGGUCAUAAUCCCAGUUAUGUAUGGCGUCGUAUUCUUCGCGCCCGUUUCAUUGUUUGUAGAGGAGUGCGUUGGAGCAUUGGCGCGGACGGGACUAUUCCUAUUUUGGGAGAACCAUGGGUUCUGAAUGGAGAGUGCAUUGAUACUAAUAUCGUCGUAGCACAAUAUGUUCGUCAUGUUACCAUUGAAAACUUGAUAGUGCCAACUGAGAAGAGGUGGAACGAGUCGGACCGUUUGAUUUGGAAGGCAGAAAAGCAUGGGAAAUAUUCUCCGAAGAUUGCUUAUCGUUUGUGUGUCGAGGAACUUAUAGAUUCUUCUCACCUUCGCCGCCCGGGAAAUUGCUGUUAUUUUUCUAUAGAGGCUAUUUUCGCGUUGAUUGAAACGUUACCCGUUGAAAAGAAACAAUUAUUUUCUCCUACUUUGUGGAGCCUUUGGAAACACCAGAACUUAAAGGGAUGCGAGGACUUGACAAAAGAUGUUGUUGUUGUUGUUGUACGUGCGCAUGUGAUGCUUACAGAUUGGCAGCUAGUAAACAUCUGCAUCCCGACUGUGCGCAUAGCUUCAUCUCUGCGUGAUCAGUCACUUGUCGAAGAGGCAAUCCCAAAGCUUGUUGAUGAAACUUCAAACAGGAUUCUCACAAUGUUACCAUCAAAAGAAGAAGUAAAAAAUGCAGUCUUUGAUUUAAACUCAGAUGGUGCACCUGGACCUGAUGGGUUUGGUGCUUGUUUUUUUCAAUCAUAUUGGAGUAUUGUGCAGAAGGAUGUUUAUGAAGCUGUGCUUGAUUUUUUCAGAACUGGUUUGUUUCCCACCAAUUUCAAUGCUAACUCAAUCAUUCUUAUUCCAAAAACUCCCAAUGCUGAUAGUAUUGAUCAAUUUCGACCUAUUGCUCUAGCCAAUUUCAAAUUCAAAAUCAUCAGCAAAGUUCUUGCUGAUAGGUUAGCAAAAAUUCUUCCUAGUAUCAUCUCAAAAGAACAAAGAGGUUUUGUUCAAGGCAGGAACAUAAGAGAUUGCAUUGCCCUUACCUCUGAAGCAAUCAAUGUGCUGGAUAAAAAGUGCUUCGGUGGGAACCUUGCUCUCAAAGUAGAUGUAUCGAAAGCUUUUGAUACUUUAAAUUGGGAGUUUCUUAUUCUUGUUCUCAAAACUUUUGGCUUUAAUGAGUUAUUCUGCAACUGGAUUUGGUCAAUUCUUCAUUCUUCCAAAAUGUCUAUCUCUAUGAAUGGAGCUCAACAUGGUUUCUUUAAUUGUAAUAGAGGAGUGAGACAGGGCGAUCCCCUAUCUCCCCUUCUCUUUUGUAUUGCUGAAGAGGUGUUAAGCAGGAGUAUCUCCAUAUUGGUAGAUCAAGGGAAAAUAGAACUUAUUGCUGCUUCAAGGAAUAACAACAUCCCCUCACAUUGCUUUUAUGCGGAUGAUUUAAUGGUGUUCUGCAAAGGGAAGGUCUCAAGCUUGGAAGCAUUAAAAUCUCUAUUCACCAGAUAUGCUGCAUGUUCUGGUCAAGUCAUGAAUCUGAGGAAAUCUUUUAUUUUUGCUGGUGGCAUUACUGAUUCUAGAAUUAAUUAUAUUGUCAACUUGCUUGGUUUUUCUGUAGGUUCACUCCCUUUUACUUAUCUUGGGGCUCCCAUCUUUAAGGGUAAAUCUAAAUGCAUACACUUCCAACCUAUAGCUGACAAGGUGAAGGCCAAACUUGCAAAAUGGAAAGCUUCACUGCUCUCUAUUGCUGGAAGAAUUCAACUUGUAAAAUCGGUGGUCCAAGGAAUGGUUGUUCAUACAAUGUCUAUUUAUUCCUGGCCAAUUAAAAUUCUUAGAGAUAUGGAGAAAUGGAUAAAAAACUUCAUAUGGAGUGGUGAUAUCACAAAGAGGAAAAUGGUGACGGUAGCUUGGAGGAAAAUAUGCACAGACUUGGAAGAGGGUGGACUAGGGCUCAAAUCUCUCAUAUGUUUGAAUGAAGCUACUAAUCUGAAAAUGUGUUGGAACUUACUCCAGUCAGAUGAGCAAUGGGCAAUCAUAAUUAGAAGCAGAGUUUUAAGAGACCAUAAAUGCAUUAAUCACCACAUCUUCUCAUCUAUCUGGAGUGGAGUUAAAGGUGAAUUUCAAGUUAUCAUGAACAACUGCUCUUGGAUAGUUGGUAAUGGGAAACAAAUAAAUUUUUGGUCAGACUCUUGGUGUGGACAGAUUCUUGCUGAAACUUACAACGUGCAUGAUCAUAUGCUUCAGCUGUUACCUAAGAAGUUGGAGAACUAUAUCAGCAAUCACAAUUGGAACAUUUCAGAAGAAUUGAAUCAAAACUUCCCUAAUCUGAGAUCGUUGGUCUCUCGGAUUACCCUUCCUUCUAGUGAUCAGAGAGACACGCUAGUUUGGAAUCAUUCCUCUAAAGGUGACCUAACUCAGAAAGAUGCAUAUGCUUUUAAAAAACAUCACUUUCCCAAGAUUAAGUGGGCAAAACUCAUUUGGUCAAAGGAUAUUCCCCCUUCCAAAUCUCUGCUUGUUUGGCGAAUGAUGCUAGAUAAAUUACCUACUGAUGAAGUCUUAGCCUCCCGAGGAUGUCAUCUUCCUUCAGUGUGCUCUUUAUGCUUGGCUCAAGAAGAAUCCAAUUUUCAUCUAUUUUUUCUAUGUCAGUAUGCAGUUAAUAUUUGGAGGUGGUUUGCUACUUGUUUAAACUGUCCUCUUCAGUUUCAAUCUAAAGAAGAAAUGUGGUCCACCAUUAACAAAUGCUCUAGCCCCCAAGGUAAGCUAGUUAUUACUGCUGCAAUGAUCAAUAUCUUCAAUGUAAUCUGGUUUGCAAGGAACCAAAAAAGAUUCAACAGCAAAACCAUUCAUUGGAGAACCUCUAUAGCUAAUCUUAUUUCUAGCACCAACCUCUCUGGUAAUAAUACUCUUGCAACUUCCACUUCCAGCAUGUAUGAUUUUACUAUCAUAAAAAAAUUCAACAUCACUUUGCAUCCUCCUAGGGCCCCUCAAAUCAUAGAGGUUUUAUGGCACCCUCCUAUUCUAAACUGGAUAAAGUGCAAUUCUGAUGGGUCCUCAACCUCUAUCUCCUCCGGCUGUGGUGGUAUCUUUAGAAACCAUAAUUCAGAUUUUCUUCUUUGUUUUGCUGAGAAUACUGGUCAAGAAGAUGCUUAUUAUGCUGAAUUAUCAGGUGCUUUGAGAGCGAUUGAAUUAGCAAAACAAUUCAAUUGGUUCAAUCUUUGGCUAGAACUUGAUUCACUACUAGUGGUUAAUGCUUUCAAGAACAAAGCCUUAGUCCCUUGGAGGUUAAGGAAUAGAUGGGAUAACUGCUUGAACAUUGUGAGCAACAUGAACUUCAUUGUAUCACAUAUUUUUAGGGAGGGUAACCAAUGUGCUGAUCACCUGGCAAACAUGGGUUUAACUUGUAAUAUUCCUUACAUAUGGAUGCAGCUCCCUGGUAGCAUUAGCGCUUUUGUAUCUCAAAACAAGUUAGGGAUGCCUAACUUUAGGUUUGUUACCCAUUAA